CCUCUCCGAUGACCAGCAGGUUCAUCAUGAGCUAAAUUGUUCAUGUUGACUACAUAUAGUGCGAUUUGCCUUUCAGUAACCAAUCGCAUAUUCACUGUAGUUCAGUAAAAGCUGUUUGUGUUCUUUACACAAAACCCUCCAGUCAUGUCAGACAAAGGCCGAGACGUCGAUUUAACCAGAGCCAAACAAAACACGGGAGUCUGGCUGGUGAAGGUCCCCAAAUAUCUUUCUCAGCAGUGGGCAAAAGCAUCUGGGCGAGGAGAAGUAGGCACGCUUAAAAUUGGGAAAGCUCAAGGGAAGACGGCGGUGUCUUUCAGUCUGAACGAGGAGCUGACCGUGGUGCAGUGCUCUGGGGAGAAGGUUUCGUCCGUGCGCUCCCCGAGAGAGCAUCCCUUCACCAUACAGACGGUGGGCGGCCAGAGCCUCGCUGUCUUCACAGAGACUUCAGACAAGCUGGCUCUUGAAGGCAUGGUUGUGCAGCGAGCCGAGUGUAGACCUGCAGUCACUGAGAGCUACAUGAAACUAAAGAAGCUCCAGAUCGAAGAAUCAACCAAACCUCUUCGUUUAUCCCAGAAGCUUGAGAAGGCUGUCACAACAAAUUACAAACCUGUGUCCAACCACAGCCAUAAUGUGGAGCAUGAGAAGAGAAAGAAAGAGGAAGGCAAACGUGCAAGAGCUGACAAGCAGAAGGUUCUGGAAAUGCUCUUCUCUGCCUUUGAGAAGCACCAGUACUAUAACAUCAGAGACCUGGUGGACAUCACGAAGCAACCGGUGAUUUACCUGAAGGAGAUUCUUCGGGAGAUCGGGGUGUAUAAUUCCCGAGGGCCUCAUAAGAGCACCUGGGAGCUGAAGCCAGAGUAUCGCCACUAUGAGGAAGGACAGGAGGAUGAGGAGGAAAAAAUGGAGUAAUUCGGUUUACAUAAGCCUGGCUUGGUUUUGCUUUCAUAUAACUGUUGUUUGUUUUUGUGCCAGAUUUGUUUUGGACCUUGUUCACUCCCAGGUGGAACGAAUGUCAGUAUAAAAGAAAUCAACUUUUUUCUUCUUGGGUUACAUAACGAAGCAUUUUUCUAAAAGCAUUAUGAAAUGAAUACUGUAAUUUGCAUAUGACUCUUACAGUCUUCCGAUUUAAGAGCUCUUGUGUUUAUGGCUACAGCAGCACAUUAAUAACAUUAAUGAAAACGCAGUCAGCCUUUGGACUUUCCAUUAGUUUAAUAGUUUCAUAACUCCCGUCAGUAACAGUUAGUGCAUAUAAA